CGUUCCACUUCCUUUACCAGGAGCUGUGGAAUUUAACCCAACAACACUGCAGCCGCCUUCAACAUUGCAUCUGUUUUUUGAGAAAAAACUCAACAGUUAUGAGGUGACCUGAGAGAAACUGAGGGGAAACCAGCCCCUAAAGGAGUGGAAUAGAGAUUCUGUCAAACCAGUUGAAGGUUAACUUCAUGUUUUUCUUGGUGGUGGGAGAUCCCAUUUACUGUCAACUGGGGUCGACAAUGAAAGUUGGCCGACCAGGGUCUAUCGUCUCCCCGAACCGGCCGUCCACUGCUGACACUAGUGAAGAUAAACCAGGGUAUUGAUGGGACAACCUGGAAUCGAGAGCUGGUAGACCGGCCUGGAAGCUGGUGCCAGGGGUGUGGGUGCUGAGCUCAGAGUCACAGGGCUUGGGGAACCAACUCAUUCGCCGGGUGAAGUUUUGAAAAAAAGAAAACCUGUAUUUAUAGCGUGUUUCUCAUGACCACCGGAUGUCUCAAAACUGCUUCCCAGCCAAUGAAGCACUUUUUGAAGUGUAGUUACUGUUGUGAUGUAGGAAGCAUGGCAGCCGCUUUAUGCACAGCAAGACCCCACAAACAGCAAUGUGAUAAUCACCAGAUAAUCAGUUUUUUUUGUGAUGUUGAUUGAGGGAUAAACAUUGGCCAAGACACCGGGGACCUUUUCUUCCAAACGGUGCCAGGGGGAUCUUUCACAUCCACUCAAGCAGGCACAUAGGGCCUCAGUAAUAGCGUCUCAUCCGAAAGACAGCACCUACAACACUGCAGCACUCCCUCAGUACUGCACUGGAGUGUCAGCUUAGAUUUUUGAGCUCAGGCCCUGGAGUGGGCCUCGAAACCAGAAUCUUGAGGUCCAGAGGCGAGUUUGUGGCAGUAUUUCUUUCUCUGUCCUUUGGCACGUGGUUAGUUAUUUCUGCUUUCCAGAGGUCACGCUUGAUUAACCAACCACACUGAGGAUGGGAAGAAGGUAAAUACAACUGAAUGACUGAUCAUUAAUCUCCCUACAAGUGAAACUGAUGAUAAGGCUUGUGUUUGUGGUCACCACGGAGCAUGAACUAGUGAAAGAAUCCAUUUUGAAUUUACUGCUCCCGCAGUUACAUUAAAAAUGAGCAACCUUCAGAGCUUGAUCCCAGCAACCUUGGGAUCCAAUAGCAGUGGACAACCAUAUCUAUCGUUGGCAAAGACAGCUACCCAGGCAAUUCUAUAUCUGCUCAUCUUAAUCAUUGCUCUUCCAUUGAACACCCUGGUCCUGGUGUUGCUCUACAAGUGUCGACCUCUAAGGAGCAUCCCCAAUAUGUUUGUGGUGUCCCUGGCCCUGGCUGAUUUUCUGAUUGCUCUUUUAGGCCUGCCCGUCAUCGUCAUAGCAACCAUUGCCCAGAGCUGGCCCUUGGGUGGGACCAUGUGCCAAACCUCAGGCUUCCUAACCUUCUCGCUGAGAAACGUCUCUAUCCUGUCGGUGGCUGGGAUUGCGGUGGACAGGUAUUACGUUAUUGUGAGGCCGUUUAUACUCACCAUAACGAGGGACAAAGCUAAGAAGAUGAUCGUGUUCCUGUGGUGGAGUGGGCUGCUCUGUGGAAUCCCACCGCUUUUUGGUCUCGGCCUUUACAAGUUCUCUCCUACAAGAUGUUUGUGUGAUUACAGCUGGUCCGAUGGAGGCUCCAGUCUGGCUUAUGGGAUCUACCUUUUCAUUUGGAUCUACGUGACAUCUUUGCUCCUGGUCACCAUCUCCUAUUACUUCAUAUACCAAGUCACCCGUGACCACAUGAAGCACAAAGCCCAGCGUUUCACCAGUAACCUGUCUCCAGAGCAGGAAGGCAGCUCCAUCCCUACAGAGCUGAAGUCCUUCAGACUAUUGCAGGCCAGCCUUUCGAGAAAGUGGGCGAGCUUCAUAUCUUCCAACUCAACCUUUAACUUGAACGCAUCCAAUGUAGCAAUGGAGUCGAAAACAGCAAGAACCAUUGUUGCUGUGAUAACAAGCUGCCUUGUGACCUGGGUGCCCUACUUCAUUUUGAACUUUCACCCUGGCUCUUUGUCUGACAGCAAGGUUCCCAGGAUGUUGGACUUCUUAGCAACUUGGCUGAGCUUUGUGAACUGUGCCCUGAACCCAGUUCUCUACGCCCUCCUGAACCAACAGUUCAGACGCUGCUUCAAGGAGAACAUUCGCAUGUGGUUUAGACUCUCUGCCCAGCAAGUUUCAGAAGAGGUUCCAGGACCAGCUGUCAUUGCCCAGAAUGGGGGCAUCACCAAUGGCCGAGCGGACAAUGGAAAUGACCUGGCUCCUUUCUCUGUCAUUCGAGAGCUGCAGAGAUCAGAGUCACCGGCAUUCCCUGGAGAUUCCUCACUUUACAGACCACGCUCAGCUUCCUUCCAGCGGAGAGGUAGUCCUGCUCAGAGACACCCCAGCCAUAUAGCCGUGUGAAACUGAGAACAGUAGCAAAUCUACUCUGCAAGUGGUCAGUGAUGCUUGGAAAUGGACAGUGACCCCCUGCAAUGAAGUGACCUCCUUUAAAUGGGCAGUGACCCUCCCGGCGAUGGGCAGUGAUCCCCAGCAGUGAACAAUUAGCACCAAAUCUCGGUUUUCCUAUAUUGAAACAUUUAUGGAUAAUUUUAAUUUACAGGCAACAGGAGAUAGUCAAUGCGUGGAAAUACAAUGAACCUGGAUGAUCAAUGUGGGUCCCUAAUGGGAGUGAGAGGUCUUUCAGUAUCCCCUAUAAUUAGACACAAGGAGGAUUCAGCUUCAGAUUUGUCCCUUGGAUUUAUUCAGUUCCCACUUGCUGCAGUUAAGAAAUAACAUCACCUUGUGUUCUCAAAGUUGAAUACUUCUGAAAGAAAAUCUUUGGCAGCACAAAGUUUGCUGCUCUCGUGGGUCCAAAGGACUGAAUCUCCCAGAUCUGAGAACAAAUAUGAGGAACUGGCCCAUCUGGGUAAGAAAUACUUCCCCUACCCAAAGCCUGAGAAACAUCAGAUCAAAAGGCACAUUGUAUAAGAGCUGGUUGAUGCAAAAUCAACCUUUGCCUUUCAGUGGUUUGCCAACAUGUUAUUAAAACUCUUGUAGGUUGUUGGGAAUGUGGAUAAUGGAGCUCUAGGUGCCAGUGUUACUCGAAACUCUGGCCCCAAAACUGAAGAGAAAUGAAAUAAAUUAUCCUCGGAAUCUAA